CCCCACCUCGCCUUCUCCCGAGGUCACCUCCACACCCAGAGACAAAGUUCACAAACCAGGCGAGUGGGAUAAAAUCCUAGGUUUGUCGUAUUUCAUAGGUUGCUCCGAUAUUCGUACAACAACGCAUGUCAUCAGAACGCUGUUGACGCAAACGGCGGUGACAUUACAACAUACCUACUGUCGACAGUCCAAGCACAUAAAUCUGCGAACCUACACGAUAAUCUGUAGAGCUCUUACAUGGUUCGUGAACUUCUCGUACCACUAUAAGUGUAGAGUCCACUACGAGUAUGAGGGACUAUUCUUACGCUGGUGUUUCUAUUCGUCAAACCCAGGCACCAAACCGACCGGACAUCUUGCCUUCGGCACAGCAGAAGCGAGAGAUCUCGUCCUUCUUAUCUCUCCCAGCUGAGCUUCGAAAUCAGAUCUAUAAGCUCGUGUUCCAAGGCUUGGUCAUAGCAAUCAGGCCAAGUCAAAGACUGGAGAAGAGCCUCGAGGUUGACGUCUGGCCUGAUACUACCGACCCUUACCAGAUUGUAAGCAGCCAUACGUUGCGCAUUGGCAACCAACCAACCAACGUGCUCGGCCUUCUGUACACUUGCCGACAAGUGCAUAGUGAAACAAGGCUCCUGCCUUACUGUCUGAACACGGCUUUAUGUGGAGAGGAGCCAUUUCCCCGUGCAUGUGUAGCUAGUCUACAUAUGCAAUUGACUCAGAGCCUGGCUGGAUAUUCUACCUUGGUUCAGUGGCCUGAAAAGGGUCGAGAUCUACUGGCAAUUGCGUAUGCCACCAUGGGAAUCAGAAGAAGAUUAUCUGUCAACAGCAGCCAUUGACGAACUUGAAAUGGAGAGGAAGAUCAUCAAGGCUACUUCUACUACAUGUGAAGUCACCUUUUGUCGCACUGUUGUUUGGGCGUGACGCAUCGUGGUCCCACAAGAACGCCGUCGAACGUGGAAGCAGUACAUUUGCAAUCCUAAAAAAUACUGGAGGGUUCGGUCUGCCUUUCGCCGGGAAAGAAAAGCGAAACAAGUUUUGAAGAGACGCGAGUUACAACUUCCAGAGCACUCACCGCUCAAUGC